AUUUUCAAAACACCCGAAAGUUGCUCACAACUUAAUCUACUGCCUAAGGCUUAAAAUGUUAGGACUUUUGAACAUGCCUUUCCCCCUGGCUGCCUCCAGGAUGCCCUCACCGGUUGUUGGAGGCUUCAUCCAAAAAAAUCUCUUGAAAUUGCGCCUCUCGGUGUUCCAGUAUGUGUUUAAACUCGACCUGUUGUUUCCUCCCAUCGCCAGAAAGAAUAUUCAAGACCUCAGCAACAAGACCCGCCAGGCACUUGUGUCACUCCCGGUGGCGUGCGCCGUUGACGACUUGGAAAUAUACCAGAAUGACAAGGACCAAAUCUACGAUCUCUUGGAGAACCCGACCUUUUAUUCCGGUGAAUACCGAGUAUACGAGACUUCCAACCCUCAGCCUCUGGCACUGUCGGCCCAGCCCUCCCACUACCAUACCUCUCACAUCAAGAAGGAGGAGCUCGAGUUGCGGUACGGCCUGUGCCUCCCAGAACAGCCUCAGCAGGCGUAUGGCACCCAACCGGUUUAUAUCAGUCAGCAAUCUGCCAAUGAGCUUAGUGACAGCCACUUCCACCUCAACAUGGUAGGAGGUAGUGAUGGUUACUACUUCAACGACUUCAAGCCCCACUCGGCAAACUUGGAUUACUACUCUAGUUCCACUGAAAGUUAUAUCAGUCCUUUGGAUGACGAGCUUUUUAAAAAGAAAGACUUCUCGGUAGUGAGCUACCACAACCCUUCGAUCGCGUCGGUGGACUUUGAUCUCCACAGCGAGAUCACCGAUGCCAGUGACAGGUUGGAUUUUAUGGCUCUGAUUUCUACUCCUGCUACUUCUGGUGUAUCGACCACCAUGGCCGCACCCGACCAAAAAAAGAGAAAGAACAUACCUGCCAAAAGUGCCACCCUCAAAAAACCCAAAAUUAAGGUAGAGGAGGAUGAGCUCAUAUUGGCCGACGAGGCUCCAGGGGCAGCCGAGGACUCGGAGGAAGAAGUGUAUAAAUUCGAAUGCAGUUUCUGCGACGCCCGGUUUAAGGUAAAAGGUUACUUGACGCGACACUUGAAAAAGCACCAGUCUUUGAAGGCCUUCCGGUGCCCCUUCUACAACGAGGAUCACCAGGCCACCGAUGGCUCUGGCAAAGGUACAAAAUGUCAUCCCACAGGUGGGUUUUCCCGAAGAGAUACGUUCAAAACCCACUUGAAGGCAUUGCAUUUCAUCUAUCCCCCGGGCACCAAGAGCUGUGAGCGGAGCUUGGUGGGGGGUCGUUGUGCCGGGUGCUUCUCCUAUUUUUCCAAUAAUAUAGAGUGGUUGGAGAACCAUAUAGUCAAGCAACAAUGCAGUGGAACUGUGUUGGGAUCGGACUAAGAAGAUUGGAUGUUCAUUUCUUUGUGUAUGUAUUAUUAGCUAGAGUAUAAUUACCAGUAUGGGUGUAGAAUAAACGAAAAUUAAUUGUGCUAGUGUCCUAUGGUGACGAAUGUCUUAUCUGUUCUCGCUUAUGGUUGCAAUUUUCACACGAAAAAGCGGGACAGAUAUGAGGCUUGCAACAUUGAAUUUUUAUCUGUGAGGUGCUUAUCACGAUGUAACACAGAAACAAAUGGAAUGCGUUUAUGCGCUUUCAACUCCGGGAUCUAUGUACUGGGGGUCAUAAAGUCGCCGGGAAACUAAGAGUUUAUACCGUUUAAGCUUUUUGCGUUUCAUAAUAUUUGAAGGGGCCGAUCUGUCAAUAAUUUCCAAAUAGGGGAGCAGAUGUCCGGGAUCUUCGCAGGUAAGUGAACUAAAUUGCCAGGUAUUGGAAUUGUUGCCGGUGUUAACUGUGGCCCCAGCCAGCUCCCCUCCACAGGUGUCUUUGUGGCCCC